AUAAACCCAUUUACAAGCAGUAUUCUCAUCACCUGACGACUGACACAUUUGUCACAUAAAUCAGAACUAACAGGAAACAAUAACAGCUGACAGCUUUGGCAUUACAAGCAAGGAAGAGCAAACUUCAGAUCUCUCUGCUCAUCAAGUUACAUUCUAUACCAAAACCAACAAAAUGAUAGGAGCAAAGUGGUCAAAAGUGGUUACCAGCUGUUUUAGCCUUAUCACUCUGACUGGGGUUGGGUCUGCGGGAAUGGGUAUAUGGUCGAAAUUGAGUAGCGAAUCAACUGAGGUGUUGAAGGGAACAGUUGAUGACACCAAUGCCUGGAUGAUCCAAACGGCGCUGAGGAGCAGCAGCUUGCUCAUAGCUGGAGGCAGUUUUCUCUUUAUUAUAGGUUUGGUUGGUUGUUGUGGCACUUUGAAGAAAAAAAGUUGGAUGCUCUUGGUGGUCUUCUUCGUUGUGCUCAUCGUCUUUAUUCUUCAGAUCACUUGGGCAGUGUUCACUCUCCUCCCCAAUUCUGUGAAAGAAAAAUUAGAAACAAAAAUUGUUCAAGGCAUUGAGAAGAGCUAUACACCAGACACUGCAUUCACUGGCACGUGGGACAAAACUAUGAAAGUGCUGGAAUGUUGUGGAUACAAAGGCUAUAAUGACUUCACAAAUUCCACCUUUGUAAAGAAAAAGCAAUUAUACCCCAUCCAAUGCUGUGAUCCAGAAAAUCCAUGUACAGAAGAAGCAGCAAAGCGCAAAAAUGUGAAGGGCUGCUAUGAAGUGCUACUGAAAGAAAACAUCCCUGCAUCUGGAACUUUGUCCUUUCUGAUGGGUAUUGUAGAGAUUGUUGCCAUGGUUGUUUCCCUGAAAGUCUAUGGAUGCUUGAGGCGUAUACCUUUUCCGUAGACUGACAUCUUUGAACGUUAUCCUCGCUGUGCUGUCAUAACAAACAUAGACUGUAACGCAUUGCAACAAGGUUGUAAACUGUACUUUUACAGCUGUUAAUGUUCAUUUUAACAUAUACUAACUCAUGAAAGUCGUUCUACUAAUACAUUAAAAGUUGUAUGUAAAUGCAUUAUGAACUGACAUGAAUUAGCAAUU